AUGCCUUGGAUGCCCGGCUACUUCUUCAAGCGAAAAAUUACCAACCUUUACAUCACUUUAUCCUCGCUGAAAUCUUAUGUGGAGGUCAAUUACUCUGGCUUCAGCAAGAUUUUGAAAAAGUAUGACAAAGUCGUGUAUGGCGAACUCAAAGACCGUUACAUGCACGAAGUUGUAGAAACCUCUGCACCCUUCACGGAAGAGUCGAAAGCCAGAAUGUCAGAUGCCAUCUCCCGACUCACGAGCUCUAUACCAAAUGCGUGA